AUGAUGCUUCACAGCUCGUACUCGAGCAUGCUCGCACCAUUCUUGCUGUUGGCCUCUGCGCCACUGGGCGCACUUGCCAACGAUGUUUUGCAGACCAACGGUUACAGCUCUUGUCUGAAUGGCAACUCGGAUAUUACAGUCAACAAGCUUAACAUCAAGUUCGACCGAACAACCAAGAAGGUCACGUUUGACGUAUCGGGUACCAACGGGAAGGAGCAAAAGGUCAUGGCGACACUAAAGGUCAAUGCUUACGGAAAGGAGGUUUACAGCAACACAUUCGACCCUUGCGAAGGAGACAUGAAGGUCGACCAGCUGUGUCCAGUGCCCGCUGGUACCUUCGGCGCGUCUGGAGAACAGAGCAUUCCCGACAAAUACAUCUCGCAGAUUCCAGCUAUCGCGUUCAGCGUCCCUGAUAUCGACAGUCAAGCGACUAUGCAGCUCACAGCCAAGGACGGCGGCGAAAAGCUCGCGUGUAUUACGUCACAAGUCAGCAACGGCAAGUCCUUGUCAACAACAGGAGUAUCUUACAUCGCGGCUGGUAUUGCUGGUGCUGCUCUCGCAGUCGGAGGUCUCUCUGCGCUGGCGGGUGCUGGUCAGGCUGGCGUCGCUCACUCGAGUCCUACAUUCGGCGACGUCGUCUUCUGGUUUCAGGGUAUGGCCAUGAAUGGUAUGAUGAGCGCGGACGUCCCCGGUGUCUACCGAUCCUGGUCCAAGAACUUUGCGUUCAGCACGGGUCUGGUGUACUGGGAGGACAUGCAAACAUCUAUUGAUGGGUUUCGUGAGAAGACUGGAGGCAACCUGACGACCAACAGUGUCGAGUUCUUGUCGAAUGCCACACUCGUGCAUGUGGACCAGAAUAUGACUUUGACCAAGCGCAGCUUCGACGGUAUCAGCGAUGUUCUCCUAUGGACUCGUGACGACCUUUCAACCAAUGUCAACGGCACAACGGACAGCAGCGAGGACAACAAGGUUAUCCACGCUGUCAAGGGUAUCCAAGGGUACGUUGAAGAGUACAAGAUUCCCAACGGCAACACUUUCAUGACCGUCCUUCUUUGGUUCGCAAUCGUCAUUGCCGCCAUCACCGUCGGUAUCCUGCUCCUCAAGGUUAUUCUCGAAACCUGGGCCCUGUUCGGAACCUUCCCCAAACGUCUGACCAGCUUCCGCAAACGUUACUGGUGGACUCUUGCAAAGACCAUUACCAACCUGAUCCUGCUUCUCUACGGUAUCUGGACUCUGUACUGUGUCUACCAGUUCAAGAACGGAGAUUCCUGGGCCGCGAAGGUCCUUGCUGGUGUUACAUUGGCCGCCUUCACAGCUGUUCUGGCGAUCUUCACCUGGAAGAUCUGGAGCAUUGCACGCAAGUACAAGAAGAUGGAAGGCGACGACUCUGCUCUUUACGACGACAAGGAAGUCUGGCGCAAGUACUCCAUCUUCUACGAGAACUACAAAAGGAGCUACUGGUGGAUCUUCGUACCCGCUAUCAUCUAUGCUUUCGCGCGUGGUUGCGUUAUUGCUGGUGCUGAUGGUCACGGACUUGCCCAGGCUGCCGGUCAGCUUAUCGUUGAAGCUCUUUUGCUCACGGUCUUGCUGUGGGCCCGACCAUACUCACUCAAGUCUGGAAACUGGAUCAACAUCAUUAUCCAGGUCGUCCGUGUGUUGUCAGUCGUUUGCAUCUUGAUCUUUGUCGAGGAGCUCGGCAUGACGCAGACCACCAAGACUGUCACCGGUCUGGUGCUUGUCGUUGUACAGGCUGUCUUGACUGGUGUUCUGGCUAUUUUGAUUGCAGUCAACGCCAUCAUCAUCUGCUGCAAGGAGAACCCUCACCGCAAGAAGAGAAAGGAAGCUGAGAAGGCCCGCGACCUCGACAACCUCACCCCUUUGGACGCUCGCAACUCGCUGCUUAUGGAUCCCCAAGAGUACAAGCGCAGUUCUCUUCCGUCGCCAUUCGGACCUCGUGCCGCCGGCUACGAUGCGGUACCGCUCGCUGAGCAGAAUACUGCUUAUAACAACGGCCGACGAUUUGAAGAAGAUCGCGGCCACCUUCUCGCCGAUGCCUCGACGUUCGGCCGGACACCAAGCCACAACCCAAGCUUCAGCGACGACCGUGGUCACUCUGCGACCCCGCAGCCGCGACUGCCGGACCUGGAAUUCGGUCAACAACAGACUGGCUAUACUCAGUCAAACAACGCUCCCUGGCAACCUCAACGAGGGCACCAGGACGGUCACGCGUACUAG